AUGACGACGAACGGCGAUGCCGCGCCUCAGGCGCCGGUCAGCGGGGUGGGCAAUGGACCGCAAGUCCUCAGCACGACCGCGCACCUCGAGGUUAUCUGCGGGCCCCUCCUCAACUACCGCCGCAUGAGCAACGAGCACUCGUCCAACCCGAUAUGGCACGGCAGUGUGCUCAUCGUCACCACUCCUGGCCAGCGACCAGAGCCUCUGCGCUUGCGUCUCGGCGGACUGACGGGGAGCAAUGAUGCCAGCGCUGGGGGCGACACGCGCGAACGUACCUUUGAGGCGAUCAAGCUGUACGAGGACCCGCGCAAGGCCUUCUUCAACUACGAGAUCGAUCUCCCUUUCCAAGAGCAGGAGUCGAGAUGGGAAUACUUAAUCCCGGACAUGGUCACUGCGGGUGGUAUGCACCGCCAGGACCCAGACAAGCCCACGCGCUUCUGGGUGCCAUCCAAACAUGAAAGCUUCCGCAUCAUGUUUCACUCCUGCAACGGCUUCUCGGUCGGCACGGAUAUGGAGACGUGGAAGGGACCGUCGCUGUGGAACGAUGUGCUCCGCAUGCAGGCCCAGCAGCCCUUCCAUGUCAUGAUCGGUGGUGGCGACCAGAUAUACAACGACAGCGUGCGCACGGAUGGGCCGCUCAAGCCUUGGACUGCCAUCGGAAACCCCAGGAAGCGCCGCGAAUUCCCGUUCGACGAGGACAUGCGCGCUAGGUGUGAUCAAUACUACUACGACAACUACGUGACCUGGUAUGGUACGGAGCCCUUCGCCGCUGCCAAUGCGCAGAUACCGCAGCUCAACAUCUGGGACGAUCACGACAUCAUCGACGGCUUUGGCUCGUAUACAGACCACUUCAUGCAAUGCGCCGUCUUCCGCGGCAUUGGCGGCGUAGCGCACAAGUACUACAUGCUGUUCCAGCACCACAUCCCACCGCCUGCAUCCACCUUCACGACCGCAGCGAAGGAGUCGAAGCAUCACGGUGUCCACAGUGCCAAGGCUGCCGCACCCAAGCUGGAGACUGAAGGCCAGCCGCUGGAUCCAGUGCAGCUGGAGCGCACAUUUGUGAUGAAGCCAACGCAUGAAGAUCCGUCCUACAUCAUGGGCCCUCGAGCAGGACCGUACGUCGAAGAGCGCAGUCGCAACAUGUACUGUCAACUCGGCAAGCGUAUCGCAUAUGCUGGAAUCGAUGCGCGCACUGAGCGGACUCGCCACCAGAUCAACUACCCGGAGACAUACGAAUUGUUCUUCAACCAUCUUUCGAAGAAGAUCGGAGAGUCCAAUGGCGAGAUCAAGCAUCUUGUGUUGCUUCUUGGUGUGCCUAUCGCAUACCCGCGAUUGCAAUGGUUGGAGAACAUUCUGCAGUCUCCUCUCAUCGGCCCUAUCCGCUUCCUGAACAAGCGCUUCGGUGUUGCUGGAGGUCUCUUCAACCAGUUUGACGGUGGCGUGGAUCUUCUCGAUGACCUGGACGACCACUACACAGCGCAUCAACACAAGAAGGAGCGCAAAGAUCUCAUUCAUCGCAUCCAGAACCUCGCCAAAGAGCACUCCGUCCGCGUGACCAUCCUCGGUGGCGACGUCCACCUCACAGCCCUCGGCCGCUUCUACAGCAAACCCGAGCUCAACAUCCCCGCUGAAAAGGACUUCCGCUACGUCCCCAACAUCAUCUCCAGCGCCAUCACCAACAAACCCCCACCGCAAGCCGUCGCCAAUCUGCUCGCCAAACGCAACAAGAUCCACCACCUCGACCACGAAACCGACGAGACCCUCCUCGAGCUCUUCGACAAGCAACCCGGCGCCGGCGAACCAGGCGUCAAGCCCAAGUCCGCCGCCGCUAACAAGUGCACCAUGCCCAGCCGCAACUACGCCAUCAUCGCCGAAUCGCACCCGAACCACGGCAGCACGGGCGCCCCGAACGGCGCUCUCGCCAACGGCGACGCAGCUGAGCACGGCGACGGAACGGAUUUCACUCUGCCGAAGAACAUGCGCGAGCCGAUCCACAAGGGUGAACUACACGCCGGCGCCGCGCACCCUGCUGCCACUGGGCUCACGCGCACCGGGCUUGCGGGGUUGGAUGGACUAGACGUUACUAUAAGAGUCGAGAAGAACCCCGAGGAUACGAGCGGGUAUACGGAGGGAUAUGGGUUCAGCGUGCCGGCGCUGGAUAGUCGUGGCUUCAAGGGGCACGGGCGGGAUUGGUAG